AAUCUUGCUGUGGUCGUGAUCAGUGCUGGAUUUCUCGUGGCCAUGUGCAAUGCACAAUGUUUCAUGGUACCAGCCACUGGAUGCUACUAUAAAGGAAGGUUCCAUGUGGUUAAAAGUUCAUGGAACACAACGGAUUGUAAUACUUGUCAGUGUCUAGACAAUGCAGUGGUUGCAUGUUGCUCUAGGGUUGCUAUACCAACCAAUUUUGAUACGAAGAACUGUCACUUAGUCUUUGACAAGGGAUCCUGUUCUUACAAGCUGAUAUCAAAUAAGGAUCCAAAAAUAAAGUGUGAAAUAACGAGUGCAGUGGAAUAAUCAAGUUUUCCAUAAUAUCUAUCUCCAAACUCCUCUAGCGAAGAUUCCAACUGUGCUGCGAUAUGGAUUACUAUUGAAUCUAACCUCCCUAAGAUACAGUAGUUCCAAUGACCAUGUCCUUCUGGGUUUCCCCACAACAUAGAUCUCCAGAGGUUCUAUACUGUACAAUGACAAUAACUUUUUGUCAUUUGGUACAUCCCUAAUGAUGUUAAAUGCCAAACUGCCCUCUCUUGGAGAAAUCUAGGCCUCGUUCUCUCUCAAACAGGGGCAGAUGUACUAAUUCUUGGAGAGUGAUAAAGAGUAGAGCGAUAACCCACCAGCUAAUCAGACUUCCCCCUCCAUUAAUUCCCGUCGGAGCACACAGCACAUCAGCUUAGUGAUGAUGUGCUGUGUCUCCCUGCCCAGCCGGCUCCACUGUGCAUGCAGGGCCUUCUUUUCGUAUGGGCUCAAUGGGCACUUGCCCUAGGGCCCGAAGUCUGAUAGCUGAGAGUCCCCUCUUUCCAGGGGUACCAGAUUUUUGAAAAUCGGCCCUGGGGAACCGGAGAUAUCCGACUUCAAAGCAGUGGUCCCCAUCCAAGCUUGUUAAUUGCUUUUCCCAUCCAGAUAGCUCGGGUUCUGUCUGACUAACAGUUUUCUGAGGGUAUCAUCCAAAAGCUGGGACUCUCCCCUUUCGGUGGACACUGGCACCUUGUCUCUACUAUGCCCAGAACCAGAGAUAUCAGCCUUCCAGCUCCACACACCUGGUAUACAGUCUUAAAUAUUGGUUGGCAGAUUGCUCUGGCUCCUUAACUCUGAUCCCCAAGUCUCCAGUAUCUCCAGAAAGGUGGGGCUCUGUAGCUUUUUAUCCCAUUGAAAGCUAAGGAAUCUAUUUCCAGGUACUGGAGAUAUCUGCAGUCAACCAAGCUGCCCUCCCACCAAAAAAUUAUGCAUAUUAAGCCCACUCCACUAUCCACCCCUCCCCUGCGUAUUAAACACCGCCUACCACCCUGGAAGUCAUGUACCCUUCAUUCAGCCCAAUGCCCCCUCCUACAGUUUAGAGUUCUCCCUCCCACCGCAUCUGUGUAGAAAAGGAGUAAUUACCAAAAAUUACUGCUCCAGGUCCUACAUGCUGAGCGGGAGAUAGAACACCUCCUACCACCCAUGGGACAUCAAAGCUGCCGCUGAUAACACCCCCAACCCCUACCGCUGGAGGACGGGUAGCGGCCCCAGUGCAUUGCUGUGCCCAGGGGCUUACACUGCUUUUAAGACGGCCCUGUGUGCAUGAGUGGGAUCUUGCUAUUAGCGCAAGAUCUCCCGUGCGCAUCCCAGAGUCAGCGCCCGCCACAGCCAGGGACAGCUCUGUCCCUGCUAUGGAGAUAGGGUAUCAAUACCUGCAGAUGUCGAAAUUUAUAAUGGCAGGUGUUGGAAUGGUCAGUGCUGCUAACCGUUCAUACAUUGCCCUGCACAAUGUCCCAUAUUGUUGUUUCAUACAUUUACCCCUUUAUUUCUCUCUACUUUAUCACUAUCCAAGGCUUAGUACAUCUCCAACUAAUAGAUAAAAAUAGCAUGUGCACAGAAUGGAGCCUAUUUACUACAAAUUCUCUGGCUCAAAUUUUUGACCAUAUGGGUGUUCCAAAUGAUCGAUCUUCAUGAUGCUAACCCAGAACUAAAUUCUGGUUUAUAACUAUACUUGUAAUAUGUGCCUGGAGACCAGAUAGUUCAUAACUAAUAAAAUAACUAAACUGUAAUUGUCCUCUCUCUCUGUACAAUACUGUACAUCUUCAUUGAUCAUUG